AUGGAGUUGGAUAAUCAGGUCCCCAAUCCACAAUAUCAAAAUCCCCAAAUGCCCCCAAAUCAUUUUAAUCAUGGUUUUCUUUUAAAUUAUCCACAAGUAAACCACAAUCAAGUAUUAUAUGAUUAUUUUUCUAACCAACAAAUAAUCCUAUACCAAAACUACUUAUCAGAACAAUCGCAAUCACAAACCCAAAGUAGAACUCAAAUCCAAUCCCAAACACCAACAACAAUACAAACACCUACACAAACUUAUCAAUUUCGACCACAAGAUCAAACACGUACUCAUUCACAUCAAACACAAUAUAAUGCAUAUUAUCACCCAUAUCAAUUGCAAAGGCAGAUACAUCCACAUAAUCAAACUAUGCCAUAUCCUUUUUACCACCAACAUAUACCAAGAGAAAAUAAUCGAAAUUAUCGAAAUUUUGGUUUUCAUCAAGCUUAUGGCAGUAAUCUCCAACAAUUUCCACUACAGAAUCCCCAAUUUCAGAACCAAUAUUAUGGUAAUCAAUCCACUAUAAAUAAUAAUAAUAAUAAUAAUAGUUUUUUUAAUAUGGAUAUGAACUAUAAUACCAACCUCAAUGAAAAUAACAACGAGAAUAAUAAUUCUAAUGAUAAUAUUAAUUAUAAUAAUAAUAACAACAACAACAACAACAACAACAACAACAACAACAACAACAAGCAACAACAACAACAACAACAACAACUACAACAACAACAAUAA